AUGGCGACGACUUGGAACUACCCGCCCGGCCUGUCACCGCUUCUUCGACUGACUCCACUCAAUGUCAGCGAUCUACCACCACAUCCGGACUUAGCCAAGAGCCUGCCCAAAGUGAAAGACGGCGAGCAAUCAACUCAGCCAGACCUUCUACCCUUCGUCACCACUCUCCUCAACGAUGGCCUGGCCUUCCUCUCCAAGUCCGAAAUCGCGAACCACUUCAAGCACACCACGACCAAAAAGGCCGAUGGCUCGGACGCAGACGUCGACGUGCUCUUGCAAUCAAUAAGCAAAUCGACUAUCGGAAGUAGAGUCACCUGGCACAACACCAACGAUGCAGCAAAUCGCCCUUCAUCCCGACGAGCAAGCGCCACCCCGUCCGUCUCCGGCAAAGGCAAGGACACGACAACCGCUCCAUCCACCUCCGACCAGAACCACCUUGCCAUCCCGACCAACACCCAACAGCCUAACUCCCGCAGUGCCUCCGUCUCCUCAACAACUGCGCCAACUUCCCGCUCCAGGAUUCAGCGCCCCAAACCCACCUCCAUCGCGGACGAACACUGGUAUACCCGCCGCUCAAUCCACACCUCGCACUCCUCCAAACUCUCCCCUGGCUCAGCUCCUGAGGAAUUUCUCUUCGGCUUACUCAACGAGCACUCCAAAAACGAACAGGCCUUUACCCCGAACCUCUUUGACGCGCACCCCAUCCUCAACUGGGAUGGCCAAAUCCGCAAGCUCGCCGAGGAGGGCGGCUUACGACGCGAAGGAUGGAUGGAUGUAAGCGCGAGUGUGUGGGAGAUGUGUCACGACCUGCCCGGGAUAUUGGGCCCACGAUGCUUUGGAGUGUGCGUUGUGGGCGGGAGGGUGGUGCCCGAGCAGGGAAUGGCGGGUCCUGCUGCUGAGGGUGGAGGGACAAGCAACGAUGUUUCCACAAGGCCGGGUACGGUCAGUGGGCUGCGAAGGUGGGAGAGGGGCGAGAAGCAGAAAUUCGUCGUCGUCACUGUGCCCGUUGUGCUGGAGAAGGUGAAGGCGUCGUUCUAUGCCAGCUACCGGAAUAUGAAGGAGGGCAAGGACGAGAAGCAGAAACGGCCUGUGGUGCAGGGGUUGUAUGCGGCCGUGGAGACCUGUACGCUGAGAGCGAAGACCUCUGCUGCGACGGCUACGAGUGAUGGUGCGGCGGCGGUGGCUGAGGAAGAGGAGGAAGUCGAAUGGAUCAUGAGCACUGCGUCCGACGCAAAGGGGAACCUACCGAUGUGGAUGCAGAAGUUGGCCCUACCGGGACAGCUGCCGAAGGAUGUGAGCUACUUCAUGAAGUGGAUCAGGGGCGUUGAUGAGGAGGAUGUGGAAAAGGCGUUGGCGAAGUUUGAAUAG